UUUUCAUCGCAUCGCACCAAAGUAGCGGUGAGGACGAAGGAAGAGGCGAAGCGCAGCGGGAGUGGAGCUAUGUGGAAGAAAGGUUGGAAGAGGAAGACCGAUGAUGACUUCGUUGGCAAGCAUGAAGCUCCCCACUCCAGGAAGUUCCCUAAGAGGGAUUCCGACGAAGGCGGGGUGGUUGAUGGCAUCGCCGUGUGUCAGAUUUCAAAGAAUCGGAAGGUUUCGGUGCGGCAGUGGCAGGGGAAAGUCGUGGUUGACAUCAGAGAGUUCUAUGCGAAAGACGGCAAGGAUUUGCCUGGGAAGAAAGGUAUUUCGCUGCCAAUGGAUCAGUGGAAAGUUCUGCUCGAACAUGUUGAUGAAAUUGAUGCAGCAGUAGAGGAAAAUUCCUAGCUUACAAGAUCUCGAGAAGACCUUAAAUUGGUGGUUUGGAGUUACAGUUUGCGGUCUCUCUUUAUUCAAUCGCUCAAGGCACCCUUUCCUGCGAUUUCAGUUAAUGAUUAGGAUCUUAGAAGGACUAAUGUUAGUUAAUGAAUGUUGUUAGUUAAUGAUUAGGAUCUUGGAAGGGCUAAUGUUAGUUAAUGAAUGUUGUUAGUUAAUGAUUAGGAUCUUGGAAGAUUACUUUUGAACAAAAUGC